GGAAGGUCAGGCAGCCCGACGAUGAAAGGACGAACACCUCAACUUGGAAACGGCAAAAGACAUGUGCCACGUUUUGCCAACACAUUUUGCCAGAAGAACUGCCAUGGCUUCAGUAAGAAUUGCAUAGUAAAACAAACUGGCUUCAAGGUUGUUGGUCCUGAAACGCACGAAAAUCACGACGCCAAACAGUCACGGCGCAGUGACUCCGAUGUUGUCUUUUCGCAGGAUCCAAUGCCUGUCGGUUUUGGUGAUCAUAUGCCUUUCGUUUUUGGUGCCAGCCUUUUGGCAGCGAAGUACGUGGAAUAUCAGGUCCGCCAGGUCGGACGCUUCUCCUCGCAGCUCCCUGGCCGUGUUUCUACACUUCGGAGGUCUUUCCACCGCGUCCCCCGACCUCUCAGACCUGUUGACCUGUGUCUCCAAUGUCCGGGACGUGGCUCCUGCUGACCUUCACAUCUUCGGACCUCGAAGCGAGGCGUUCGGUGCAGCGUUCGGUGAAGCGUUGGCCGAUUGGCACCUGGAUGAUGGACAAAGUUUUCUUCGCCAGCUGCACCAGAGGGGCCACAAAUACCAUAAAGUCUUGAAUAUCAAUGUCAGCGACGACAUGAUUUGGCAAGAACGGGUUCUGCAAGCGUUAUGUGGUUCGCGCAGCCAUGUGGAAUCCAUUCUGGCUUCGAUGAGCGACCCAAAACCAGAGCUGGUCGCACCGAUGGGAAUGGUGUUUGCUUUCGAGGCAACGAGUCAGGUGUUUCCGCACAUUGCCCACAACAUUUCGAACAUCAAUAUGUCGACACUCGGGGCACGACUCCAGUCAACCGGGAAGGUCAAGAAAGAAGAUUUGUUGGUGGCAGCGGAUUCAUUUUGGAUCAAUUUUUUGGGUUUGCAAGUGCUUCUGUCUUUGGACAAGGAGAUUGAUUUUCCGCAUGCGCACCUGAACAGUUGGCUGCCUUCUCUUAUCAAGAGUGAAGGGGGCAUUGUAAAAGACGUGCAGCCUGCGCCAAUUGUAUUUGCAAUUUAUUUUCCUCAAUUCCACAAGUUUCCUGAAAAUGACCGCUUUUGGGGAGAAAACUUCACAGAAUGGACUUUGCUGAAAGAUCUUGACCCUGGGAACACAAGCAGUCCUACCGUUCCAUUCAGACAGCCACUGGGCAUCGCAGAUGGAGGUUUAGGCUACUACGAUUUAACAAAUUACGAGAUCCGAAGGCAGCAAGCUCAGAUGGCUCGAGACCAUGACGUGUCCGGUUUCAUGUAUUACCACUAUUGGUUUUCCGGACAAGGAGCUCCUGAGAAUCACUUGGUCAUGCAAAAGAUUCCAGAGCUGAUGUUGAGAGAUGGGCAGCCAGAUUUGCCUUUCUUUUUUUCCUGGGCCAAUGAGCCUUGGACACGUCGAUGGACAGGAUUGGAGGACGUGUUGCUCGCACAGACGUAUGGUGACGAGCAAGAGUGGAGACAGCAUUUCCAGUAUUUGGUUUCCUUCUUCAAGCAUCCGAAAUACUUGCGAAUCAAUGGAGCCCCAGUGUUUGCCAUAUACCGACUUGGUCAUAUGAAGCACGUGGCUGGAAGAAUGUUUGCUUUCUGGCGCCAGUUGGCGAGGCAAGAAGGGUUUCAUGAUUUGCACUUGGUACAAACCAUCGGGAAUUUCUACAAUGUGGACCGACAGCAGGUGAUUGCAAAUGAAAGUGAGAUUUCUGCAAGUCUUCAUUUUUGGCCACAGCUCUUUGCAGCCUGGAACCUUUGGGGUGCAGGCGAUGCGAGCAGCACUUUCGAUCUGCCGCUGCGUACAAGAGCAGCACAUGUCCAAUACUGGGGUGCUUUCACAGGCUUUGACCGGAGACCGCGCGACCCGACGGCCAAACCCAUUCUGCGAUCCCCUGAGGUCUUCAAUGUCAGCUUGCAGAGGACAUUCCAAAAGAUGGCCACGUUCCAGAGCCGCCAGAUUGGCACAAACCUGUUUGUGAUCACUGCAUGGAAUGAGUGGAAUGAGCAAGCAGUACUGGAACCGGAUACAAGGUUUGGGAAAGCAUACCUGGAGAUUCUUCGAUGGAACUUGCGACGCAUUCCGCUCUUUGUUUGGUAAAGACGCAUGAAGAGCAGUGCGUGAGUUGCACCCUCAGGGCCUGGAAAAAGGGUGAUGCGGACUGCGAGUCCGACCAUCUGUGAAUGCAAGUCUGACCAUCUUUUUUGGGGCGUACGGUAUCUGGACCUUUUGGGGGGUCAUGAUGGUUUUCGGGUUCUUUGAUAAGUGUUUACAACCAGUGGUGUGCAUGCGUUCUUCAUGUUUCCCAGCUGCCUCCCCUUUCCCCGCGCACGGCCACGGACCAGUCAAGACCUCAGGUCUUGCCGUGGCGAUGCCUCCUUUUAAUGGGAUGAACUGGGAUCUGCAGUUGCCUUUGGGGUUUUGACCAAAGCCUCCCAAGCCUUGCUUGCCCGAUUUUUAGGUCGUCCUUAGACGGGGUUUAGAAGGAAACCGAACGAAACAAC